AUGGAGACCGCCUCCGCGGCGCUCCUCGUCGCGGUCGCGUGCGCCGCGCUGUGCUUCAAGGACAAGCUCAUGCAGCUGUUGGGGCUGGACCACCAGGUGCUCGUGAACUGGAAGCUGCGCGACGCCCUCGGCUGCGUGGUCGGGACGCACUUCCGCCCCAUCGAGGUCAACAUCUGGAAAGUCGAGGACCUGCCCCCCGGCGACUUCUUCAGCGCGAACAACGUCUACGUGGAGAUGUACCUCGGGUACAACGAGGCCGUGCGGACCAGGGUGCACAACAACGCUGGCAACGGCUGCCUGCUUAAGGAGACGCUGCAGCUCAACUUCGACGAGGGCGACGAGGAGGAGACCCUGCACGUCUUCGUGCGGAGCCAGAGGCUGCUCGGCGUGUCCGACCUGGGCCGCGCAGAGGUCAGCGCCAAGGACCUGCGCGAGCUGAUACGCCGGAGCGGGGCCUCCGACAGGUUCUCCUGGGACAAGGGGUCGUUCUCCGACAGCACCCACGCCGUCCAGCUCAUCCCGAGGGGGACGCUCUACCUGCGUGCGUCCUACGUGCGGGACGAGGCGUGA